AAGCUGGGCACGUUGGCGGUGCUCGCGGUGGUCUUUUUCAACGUGAGCGGCGGGCCGCUCGGCUCUGAGCAGCUGAUCGCGUACGGCGGGCCCGGCUUUGGGCUGUGCGCCCUCGUGGGCUUCGCUGCGCUCUUCUCGCUCCCGCAGGCGCUCGUCACGGCGGAGCUCUCGUCCGCCUUCCCCGACAACGGCGGCUACUCGCUGUGGGUGCAGGCGGCCUUUGGCGACUUUUGGGCCGUGCAGGAGUCGUACUGGUCUUGGUUCUCGGGCGUCGUCGACUCGGCGCUCUACCCAUCGUGCGGCGCCGAGUACCUCUACCGCCUCCUCCUGCUGCUCGCCUUCACCGCGCCAAACUGCCUCUCGAGCGCGCUCGUCGGCCGCGGGCUCGUGGGCCUCGGCUUGUUCGUCAUGUCGCCCUACCUCGCGCUCGUGGUCGCGGCCCUGCCGCGCGCGCGGCCCGCCAAUUUCCGGCUCCGGCCGACAAAGUUCAAGCCUGCCGCGAUGGUCUCGGUCGCGUACUGGUCGCUCUCCGGCUUCGACUCGGUCUCCACCUUCGCUGGCGAGGUCGAGGCGCCGCACCGCACGCUGCCGCGCGCGCUGCUGUGCGGCUGCCUGCUGAUGGUGGUCUGCUACGUGCUGCCGCUCACCGCCGGCGUCCUCGCCGACGAGGAGUGGGCGCACUGGAAGGACGGCUCGCUCGCGCACGUGGCGCAGCUGGUCGGCGGGCGCUGGCUCGGCGGGUGGGUGCUAGCCUCGUCCGCCCUCUCCAACUGGGGCCUCUUCUCCUCCGAGCUGCUCGAGGACUCCUUCCAGCUCCUCGGCAUGGCGGAGGCCGGCCUCGCCCCCCGUUUCUUCGCCGUCCGCCACCCGCGCCUCGGCACGCCCCUCCUCGCCAUCCUCUUCCAGCUCGUCAUCCUCUCCGCCCUCAUCGGAUUCGACUUUGAGUCCAUCAUGUGCAUCGACAACUUCUUCUCCGCCGCCGCCGCCACGCUCGAGUUCGCGGCGGCCGUGCAGCUGCGCCGUCGCCGCCCCGCAAUGUCGCGGCCCUUCCGCAUCCCGUGCGGCACCGCCGGCGUCGCCGCGCUCGUGGCCCUGCCAAUCGUGAUUGCGCUCUUCGUCUGCGUC